AUGUCGAUAGAUAUUCUUAUUAAGGAUCACCAUCCGCAGCGCUCAAUCUCCUUAGUGACACAAUCCCAUGCCUUAAUUUUUCGCCAUUCCCCUAGUCUCGAAAAGCACACUGGUGAUCACAGCCCACAUAACUCCUACGCUUCAAUAGGCGAUAAGAAUAACGGCUCAUCUUCUGCAAAUGCUCCAAGAUGCAUGGUGGAGCUCGUCGAGCUUGAGCAUGCCGAUCUCAGUGACUAUAGACGCGGGGAUAUUUUUAUAUGUGUGGUGACAGGCGCCAAAGAAGUUGCUUCGGUCCGUCCAGGGGAGAAUGUAUUGAGAAUUCAAGCUGUUCAAUUCCAUUGUCUAAAUCGUACCGAUUAUGAUGAUUUUCUUGAUAAUGAAGUAAACCCAUAUUCGGUCGAUUCUGAUGGCUGGGAUCAGGGCCGAAGUCAGCAGCCCGUUGGUUUGGAACAUCCAUGUUUGGCUCUGAAGAAACUUCUCAGCGAUGGGACUUUCUAUUAUUCUCGAGAUUUUGAUUUGACAAAUCGACUACAAGACCGAUCGCUCGACACCAAUAAUUUCGAUAUUGAUAAUUUCGACGAUGCAUUUUUAUGGAAUUCUUAUAUGAUUCAACCGCUACUCAAAUUUCGAUCUCGCCUCUCGGAAUCAGAACGUACUGCACUUGAUAAUUCAAACAUUCUUACCAGUACAAUCCGUGGAUUUGUUGAAUCACUCUUCAUACCUCGUCCAAGCACUCAAAUGGAAGGGAGAAUGAGGUCAUCAGGAUUACGGGCUACAUUAACAUUGAUAAGUAGGCUUAGUUGUCGAAGGGCCGGAACCCGAUUUAACUCGAGAGGUAUCGAUGAUGAUGGACAUGUGGCAAAUUUUGUGGAAACAGAAACCGUAGUAUGGGAUCCUGGUUCAAAUGGUCGCAGCCUUGGUUUCAGUUAUUGUCAGAUCCGGGGGAGUAUUCCGAUCUUUUGGGAACAGCAAGCAGGUCUUUUACCAGGCCAGCAGAAGGUACAGAUAACACGAUCUCCAGAGGCUACCCAGCCGGCGUUCGACAAGCACAUGGAGACAAUUACAUUGAAAUAUGGAGCAACACACAUAGUAAACCUUCUUUCGGAAACGAAACCCGGCGAAGUGGAAUUGUCAAAUAGAUACAUGAAACACAUUUCAAAAUCUCCCUUGUUCGAUAACGGGCAGAGGAGAACGGACCUUAGCGAAUCUUCUUUGUUGAUCUCGACUGAAUUCGACUUCCAUGCCGAGACAAAAGGUCCUGGUGGCUUUGAAGCAGCGAAUAGGAUUAGGCAAUUUAUACAAUCAUCUGCGGACUCAUUUUCUUUCUUCCUAAUGGAAAACGUUGAUGUUAAAGCUCGUGGCCAAUCUCAUGAGGACCAGGAAGUUUAUGAAGCCGAAAAGAAACGUGGGGCCGACAGUGUAGUCUUACAGCAAGAAGGUGUUUUUAGGACAAACUGUCUUGAUUGUCUGGAUCGAACCAACCUUGUACAGGGGAUCUUUAGUCGGAUGGCUAUCGAGGCCUUGUUAGAACAUCUCAAUCAAAAUGUCGGCCAAGAAUUUUGGAUGCGCCACUCAAGUCUGUGGGCAGAUAACGGUGAUGUGAGUUUCCUUAAAGCAAUGUUCAUGGUUAAAGUGACUGAAUUUUCUAAGGCAUUAUCAAAAAUAUAUGCUGGCACUGGAGCGUUGAAGUCAAGCUUUACAAGAACGGGAAAAAUGAGCAUAGCCGGUGCCUUCGCCGAUGCCCGGAAGAGUGCCACAAGAAUUUAUAUCAAUAAUUUCGCGGACAAAGACAGACAAAACACGAUCGAUGUUUUAUUGGGACGAUUAGUUGGCCAAGAAGCAGCAUACUUAUAUGAUCCUAUCAAUGAUUAUGUAAUGGCCGAGUUAAAUAAAAGGUCGCUUGAAUAUUCAUACGACAAGCAAAUUAAUAUUUAUGUUGGUACCUUCAAUCUCAAUGGUCGAAUCAACGGUUCUGAGAACGAUCUUUCUGGAUGGCUGUGUCCGCCAUUCGAAGGUGCUGAACUACAACCCGAAUUGGUAGUUGUAGGCUUUCAAGAGAUUGUCGAACUCAGUCCACAACAAAUAAUGGCAACUACUCCGGAAAAGAGGCAGAUAUGGGAACGGGCCGUGAAAAAAACAUUGAAUAGACGAUCCAAAGAAUUGGGCGGAGAGGAAUAUAUCCUUUUGCGUGGCGGACAGUUGGUAGGGGCUGCUCUAUUAAUAUUUGUCAGGUCAAGUGCUAUUGGAGACAUCAAAAAUGUAGAAGGAAGUCUUAAAAAGACUGGCAUGUCGGGUGUAGCCGGUAAUAAGGGUGCUGUUGCUAUCCGGAUGGAUUAUGCAAACACGGGAAUCUGUUUCGUCACGGCGCAUCUUGCUGCAGGGUUCUCGAAUUACGAUGAACGGAAUAGAGACUAUAAAACUAUCUCGCACGGUUUAAGGUUCUCACGUGGACGCACGAUUGACGACCAUGAUGCUGUGAUUUGGUUGGGAGAUUUUAAUUACAGAAUUGGACUUACACGUGAGAGGGUCCUUCAAGCGGUGGAAAAUAACGACCUACAAACCUUACGCAAGCAUGACCAGUUGAAUAUACAAAUGGAAGCGGGCCUAACAUUUCCAUACUACUCUGAAGCGAAAUUAUCAUUUCCGCCAACUUAUAAAUAUGACAUUGGAACUGAUAAUUAUGAUACUUCUGAGAAGGCACGAAUUCCAGCAUGGUGUGAUCGAGUUCUUAAGAAAGGUAAUGUCCUUCGACAACUUUCUUAUAACUGCGCACCAUUACGCUUUUCAGAUCAUCGGCCCGUGUAUGCAACCUUUCAAUGCACAGUAUCAGUGGUGAAUGAGACCGUAAGGGAUAAGAUGAGUAGGGAGAUAUACUUGAAGAGAAAGAGUGAAGUUGGAAAGUCCGGUAGUCAUUCUGGGAACCUUAUAGAGGAUGAAGAUGAUCUUCUGGAAUUUGAGCCACUGGAGCCCGGACUACCCCCACCAAGCUCAGAGCAACGAAAAUGGUGGUUGGACAAUGGAAUGUCUGCCAAAUCAACUGUGAAACCUCCGGGUCAUGAAUUUGUACCUAACCCGGAGCGUCCAGCAAAUCCGUUCACCGAAACAUCCGUACCUAAUUGGAUCGAGAGGACGCAGGAGGAGGACGAACAUGAUCUCAAUAAGCCAGUUUCAAAUUCGAGCAGCAUGAUUUCCAUUGCACCAUCAAAGAUUGGGCCUCGAAAGCUCCCGCCGCCGUUCAAUCCGACAGAUCUUCCAUUGCUCCCGCAGAGACUACCUGCCCCUCUGGAGCCCGUCAAGCGAAAAUCAGUUGUACCUCCCCCAGUAGCACCACGAAAGGGAGCACCAGAAAUACCAAUGUCGUCUCAUCCCUCGACCGCAAAGCCCCAAAAACAAGCACCUCCGGCGAUCCCCAGAAAGCCAGCAGUACUGUCCUCGCGGGCCCACCAAGAGUCCCCAUCAUUACUCGACCAAGAUGUACCUCUGCCGCGUAGUAAUUUGACUGGCGGCUCCACCUCCACAAGAGAUGUCACGCCCUCAAUGAUGUUUCCGCCGCCCCCUAGGCGGGUGGGAACGACGCCAAUGCCACCGCCCACGGGCAGCACUUUGGCACGAUCUUAUACCUUCCGCGAUGACACACGCUUGCCAAACAGAAACCCAAACCCGGCUCUGCCCCCUCGCAGGCAGGAUGCAAGGGCCCGCAGCGUGAUGGACGAGGAUGAGGAUGAGUUGCCGACCAUGUCCUCCUGGCAGCCGUUGCGGCCGGCUUGA